AGCAGUUAGAAUUAUGAUAAUUGAGUGUGAACUGUUCAGGGGAUCAGAGUUUGUUUGUCCUGGAUCUAAGUGUAUUAGAAACAAAGCUUAUAAUAAUCAAACAGCUCUACAGAUUUUAUCUGCUGAUUUGAAAGAUGGGGCUCAUCUGAAAGAAAUAAGUGGUACAACAUCAGCCACUGUUUGCCAGCAGUACUGUGAAUCCAACACCCAGUGCAUUGGUUGGGUUUGGACAUGGCCAACCAACUUUGGAUAUGCAAACUUUUGUCUGCUAAGAAAAAACUCAAAUAUGAACUUUAAUUACAUUCCAGGUAAACCAUUGACAGGUGGGUUCAAAUCUAGCAUCAUUGUCUGGAACUAGAUUAUCUGCCGCUGAAUCCAGCAUCAUUGUCUGGAACUGGAUUAUCAGCUGCUGAAUCCAACAUCAUUGUCUGAAACUAGAUUAUCAGCUGCUGAAUCCAACACCAUUGUCUGGAACUAGAUUACCUGCUGCUGAAUCCAGCAUCAUUGUCUGGAACUGGAUUAUCUGCUGCUGAAUCCAGCAUCAUUGUCUGAAACUAGAUUAUCAGCUGCUGAAUCCACCAUCAUUGUCUAGCACUAGAUUAUCAGCUGCUGAAUCCAACAUUAUUGUCUGGAACUAGAUUAUCAGCUGCUGAAUCCAACAUCAUUGUCUGGAACUGGAUUAUUUGCUGCUGAAUCCAGCAUCAUUGUCUAGAACUAGAUUAUCUGCCGCUGAAUUCAGUAUCAUUGUCUGAAACUAGAUUAUAUGCCGCUGAAUUCAGUAUCAUUGUCUGGAACUAGAUUAUCGGCUACUGCAGAAUCCAGCAUCAUUGUCUAGAACUAGAUUAUUAGCUACAGAUAUUUUAUAUUAUUAUAUAAAACAAAACUACUCUACUGCUUUUACAACUAAUUUCAAAAUAUAAAGUUUUGCUUAUUCUUUUAGUUGAUUAAAGUUAGCAGUUUUAACAUUUCAAACAGUUAAAAAUAUAUAUCUUAAUAUAAAUU